CAAAAUUUCAUACCCUCCUCAAAAACUCCAAUAAGUCUCUAUUUACAUUUCCUAUUCUUUUAUCAGAGCAGAAACCAUAUCUACAAUGACGAAGAUGAGUCAUGACAAUCAUAGCGUAGCGGUGAAUGUGGCGCCGCAGGUCGGCUCCAAGUGCUACGACGACGACGGCCGCAUCAAACGGACUGGCUCUGUUUGGACGGCGAGCGCUCAUAUUAUCACGGCGGUUAUCGGCUCGGGCGUUCUGUCGUUGGCUUGGGCCACGGCGCAGCUGGGCUGGGUCGCUGGCCCGACCGUUAUGUUGUUGUUUGCUUUCGUUACGUAUUACACUUCCGUCCUUCUCUCCACGUGCUACAGAACAGGCGAUCCGGAUAACGGCAAACGAAACUACACAUACAUGGACGCCGUUAGGUCCAAUCUCGGUGGUUUUCAAGUGAAGGUGUGUGGAGCAGUUCAGUACAUGAAUCUGUUUGGAGUUGCGAUCGGUUACACCAUUGCUGCAUCUAUAAGCAUGAUGGCGAUUGAGAGGUCGAAUUGCUUCCACAGCAAAGGCGAUGCAAGUCCUUGCAGAGUUUCGAGCAAUCCUUACAUGAUUGCGUUUGGUGUUAUGGAGAUCAUCUUCUCACAGAUUCCCGAUUUUGAUCAGAUAUGGUGGCUCUCCAUCGUCGCCGCUGUCAUGUCCUUCACUUACUCCACCAUCGGCUUAGGCCUUGGCAUCGGGAAAGUUGCAGAAUCGGGGAAGGUGAUGGGGAGCAUGACCGGAAUCAGCAUCGGAACAGUCGUCGGAGUUCAAACAAUCGACGAAACACAGAAGAUCUGGAGAAGCUUCCAAGCUCUCGGCGCCAUAGCCUUCGCCUACUCCUACUCCUUAAUCCUAAUCGAGAUUCAGGACACGAUAAAAUCGCCGCCGUCGGAGUACAAGACGAUGAAGAAGGCGACGCUGCUGAGCGUGGCGGUCACCACCGUCUUCUACAUGCUCUGCGGCUGCUUCGGAUACGCCGCCUUCGGAGACCUCUCCCCAGGCAACCUCCUCACCGGAUUCGGUUUCUACAACCCGUACUGGCUCCUGGACAUCGCCAACGCGGCGAUCGUGAUCCACCUCAUCGGCGCGUACCAGGUGUACUGCCAGCCUCUGUUCGCCUUCGUGGAGAAGACGGCGGCGGAGUGGUUCCCCGACAGCAAGCUCAUCGGCAGAGAAAUCACUCUCCCAAUCCCCGGCUUCCGCUACAAGGUCACCGUGUUCCGCCUCGUCUGGAGAAGCGUGUUCGUGGUGCUCACCACCGUCAUCUCGAUGCUCAUGCCGUUCUUCAACGACGUCGUCGGAAUCCUCGGCGCAUUCGGAUUCUGGCCGCUGACGGUCUACUUCCCGGUGGAGAUGUACAUUGUGCAGAAGAAGAUUCCGAGGUGGAGCUCAAGGUGGAUAUGCCUGCAGAUGCUGAGCGCCGCGUGUCUCGUCAUAUCAAUCGCCGCCGCCGUCGGGUCUUUCGCCGGAGUAGUGUCAGAUCUCAAGACGUACAAGCCGUUCAAGACUUCCUACUGAUUUCGUAGUUUCAAUUUUUAAUGAGAGUAAAAAUUAAGAAGAAGAAACGAAGGAGAGAAAAUAGUUUAUGAUGUUCAUAAACAGGCCUAAAAAAGGCCGUAGAAUUUUACAAUAUUUACAAGAAGGAAAAAAUGAAGAAGGGGUUAUGAUGAUAUGUUAUGUUUGUAACAUUCAAGAAAUUAAAUCCCAUGAUUUUCCAGUUUAAA